AUGCAGCUUCUGGACAAGUUCCCUAUUGAAGGAGGCCAGAAAGACCCCAAGCAAAGAAUCAUCCCUUUUCUACCAGGCAAGAUCCUGUUCCGGAGGAGCCAUGUCCGAGACGUAGCUGUGAAGAGGCUGAAGCCCAUCGACGAGUACUGCAGGGCACUGGUUCGGCUUCCUCCUCACAUUUCACAGUGUGAUGAAGUCUUCAGGUUCUUCGAGGCUCGCCCAGAAGACCUUAACCCUCCAAAAGAGGACUAUGGAUCUUCAAAGAGAAAAUCAGGUGCUGAUGCUAGCUCUGAACCCAUGAUCCUGGAGCAAUAUGUGGUGGUGUCCAACUAUGAGAAGCAGGAGAACUCCGAGAUCAGCCUCCAGGCUGGAGAGGUCGUGGAUGUCAUAGAGAAAAAUGAAAGCGGUUGGUGGUUUGUGAGCACAGCAGAGGAGCAGGGCUGGGUCCCUGCUACAUACUUGGAAUCCCAAAAUGGAACCAGAGAUGACUCUGAUAUCAACACAUCCAAACUUGGCGAAGUUUCUAAGCGACGCAAGGCUCACCUGAGACGCCUGGACCGGCGAUGGACGCUGGGCGGGAUAGUCAACAGGCAGCAGAGUCGAGAAGAGAAAUAUGUCACUAUCCAGCCAUACGCCAGCCAGGGGAAGGAUGAGAUUGGGUUCGAAAAAGGGGUCACCGUGGAGGUCAUCCAAAAGAACCUGGAAGGAUGGUGGUACAUAAGGUAUCUAGGCAAAGAGGGCUGGGCCCCAGCUUCAUAUCUGAAGAAGGCUAAAGAUGAUCUUCCAUCUAGGAAAAAAAACUUAACUGGGCCAGUGGAAAUCAUAGGAAACAUCAUGGAGAUCAGUAACCUGCUAAACAAGAAAUCAUCCACUGACAAGGAAACUCAAGCAGAAAACGAGACUACGGAAGCCCAUAUCACCAAGAAGGAAAUCAGUUUGCCCAUCCUGUGCAAUGACUCUAAUGGCAAUGCCAUGAUGACUCCAGACAAGCAGGCUUCCAAACUGGCCCAGGGAUCCCCAGCCAUAGCAAGGAUAGCACCACAAAGGGCUCAAAUAAGUUCUCCAAAUCUAAGAACAAGGCCACCCCCAAGAAGAGAAUCCAGUCUGGGUUUUCAGUUGCCCAAACCACCAGAGCCACCCUCCGUGGAAGUGGAAUACUACACCAUUGCAGAGUUCCAGUCGUGUAUCUCUGAUGGCAUAAGCUUUCGUGGAGGACAAAAAGCAGAGGUUAUAGAAAAGAAUUCUGGUGGCUGGUGGUACGUGCAGAUUGGAGAGAAGGAAGGAUGGGCUCCAGCAUCUUACAUUGACAAGAGGAAGAAGCCAAAUUUAAACAGAAGAACCAGUACUUUAACCCGCCCAAAAGUUCCUCCCCCAGCACCUCCCAGUAAACCAAAAGACUCUGAAGAAGGAACAACUCCUGGAACAAUUUCUUCAGGAGAUACCCAGGACUCUCCCCACAAGCUGAAAUAUGAAGAACCUGAGUAUGAUGUGCCUGCCUUUGGCUUUGACUCGGAGUGUGAAGUAAGUGAAAGUCAUCGUGAAGAGGGCACUCCUGAAAAACGACUGUUUCAGCCCCUCAAGCCAUCUCCCGUGUCAUCACUUCAGAAAGCGAAGUUCAAAGUAGGAGAGUCUUCAGAAGAUGUUGCUCACGAAGAAGAGACCAUUUAUGAAAACGAGGGAUUCAGGCGUUAUGUGGAAGAUGCUUUGUCCAAUAAGGAAUCUAGUGGAGACUCCGAUUCUCAGAAAAGCUCCUCUCUCUCCUUGAUCCGAAGGAAUUCUCCAUGUUCCAACUCUCCUAAAUCAUCCCUUGUGAAGCUCAAGGCAGACAAAAACAUCCAGCCCGAUCUUGGAAAAUGUCACUAUUCCAGGAGCGAGGAGACAAAACCAAGGUCAGCUUCAGAUGUUGGUUUACGUAGCAUGCCAAGAACAGGCAUGAAGAAAGAGCCUGGGCAGAGUCCUUCCAUUAGAGCAAAGCCAAUUGUUAGGCCCAAACCCUUCCUGAACAAGGCAGACUCGCAAAGCCAAGAAAAGAUGGAUAUCAGCACUUUAAGGCGUCAGCUGAGGCCUACUGGGCAACUCAGAGGUGGACUUAAAGGUUCAAGAAGUGAAGAGUCCGAGAGCCCCCCACACACAGCUUCUGAGAACCAAGAUGAUCCUGUCAGGAGGAGUUCGGCUGAUCUCAUUACAGCUCCUUCCCGUGGUAUUUUCUGCUCUAGCCAUCCGGUCAAAGCUGAGCAAGAAAAUGACUCCAGAUGUUUCUAUGUGACCACUGACUCAUACCAAAAGGUACAGGAUUCUGAAAUUUGCUUCCCAGCAGGAGUAGAAGUGGAAGUGCUGGAAAAGCAAGCCAGUGGAUGGUGGUACCUGAAAUACGGAGACAUGGAAGGCUGGGCUCCUUCCCAUUAUUUGGCUCUCCCUGAUAACCAGCGAGAAACCACAUCAGCAGAUACUGAUGCCUCAUUUGCCAGGAAUAGGAAAAAUGAAAACAAGUCAAACAGUUUAGAGAAGAUAGAGAAGAGGGUUCAGGCUUUGAAUACCAUCAACCAGAGCAAACGUGCAACACCACCCAUCCCAAGCAAACCUCCUGGUGGUUUUUCAAAACCAGCAGGGCCAGUCAAAAUGAGGAAUGGUGUGAGGCAACUUGCUGUCCGGCCGCAAUCAGUGUUUGUGUCUCCACCACCAAAGGAUAACAACCUGUCAUGCUCCUUGCGCAGAAAUGAGUCUUUAACAGCUACAGAUCACCUUAGGACCGUCCGUCGGAAUUCCUCCUUCAGCAACGCAUGGUCACAGCCUGGUGACGUGAAGGGAAAGCAGCCUGAGCAGUUGGGUACAGAGGGCUCAGAGACCACCUCCAACCUCCCUACCCAGAGGAAUGGGAUUCCUGUGUCCACAGUCAGGCCAAAGCCCAUUGAGAAAUCUCAGUUCAUCCACAACAAUCUCAAGGACAUUUAUGUUUCCAUUGCAGACUAUGAAGGAGAUGAGGAAACUGCAGGGUUUCAGGAAGGUGUCUGCAUGGAGGUCCUUGAAAGGAACCCGAAUGGCUGGUGGUACUGCCAGAUCAUGAAUGGUGUGAAGCCAUUCAAAGGCUGGGUGCCCUCAAAUUACUUGGAGAAAAAGAACUAAUAUUGCAAUAUCUUUAACCUCCCUAAUUUAUACUGUUCCUGCUGUGUACAUGUGGAAAAAACAAUUGCUACACAAAAAGACGUUUCCCUGUGCUCCAGUUUGUACAAAUGGACAAAGGAGUCUAUGCUGAGGACAAAUCUGCUGUGUUCUGGAGAGGUUUGUGGUGUUAACAUGUUGUAAGCAGCUAUGAGGAAGAUGCAGCAUAGUCAAAUGCCUUUUUGUGAAGCUGUUAAUAAUCUUGUAUGUGUAACAGGGUAUGACAUCCCAUCUUUCCCAUUGUUGAUAGGAAACCAAAUGUGUGCCUUUUGUGAGAGAGAAAUACACAUGCAUCUACUUGGGGAGUUUUGUGCCAAACUCUGUUUUACAAUCUUGGCUCCCUUUCUCCUCAUUCUUGUCCGUACGUGGAAUACCCAAGAGUUUUGGAUGCAUUUCCACAACUUACAGUGAGAAGCGAAUGGAAGUUUCUGAAACGCAGAGGGACUCUAAUUC